AUGCUUGUACUAUCUCGGUUUCUCUUCUGGAUUUUAUUUUCUUUAAAUGUAGGGUCAAUUCCCGUCAAGGAUCCCCAACUACAUGCUGGAGCUCCCGUGCCUAAGAAAUUAGAUAGCAAUCAUAAAAAUGCUGUAACCCAGCAGCUAGAGCAGAACAAAACCGAUAUCCAGCGAAAUGCGACCUCUUCUCUCAAAGACUUCGCCAUUAUCAACAGUACGGAUAUAAUUCCAUUAAACACCUCAAUUUUUACUCCGGUGCCACUAGAGCCUGAAUAUGUUCCGUACUUGAAUCAGACUUUUGGUACCGAAAAUACCAAGGACCAAAAUAAAGAGAUGUCUAUCUCAGGCGCCAAAGAGGAUCGUUAUUUUUCACCCACAAACUUCUAUACCUUCAAGUUGGUUUGCCCAAGCCUUUCAGAAAUCAUAGGCGAUGGACCGGACCCCGAAAGACGAAUGAGCCAAGAUCCUAAGGGAUACCGUUCUUUCGCAAGCACCCCUAAAAAUCGCCCUUCAGCAACGGAAGAUCUCGAAGCCGCAGGUUUAUUCUUCAAGGUCCUCCUCGCGGUAUGUCAAAACUGCGCCGAAUGUGAUCCCCAGACCGGCCAACUAAAAGUCAUCCCCCCGGGGAGGUGCAAAAGCGCCGACAUGGUAGGCCGUUGUGCGAACUGGAUCAACUGCUAUUGCGAAGUCGAAAUGAAAGAUUUUAUAGCCCGAGAGGAUAUCAGCGAUGCAGAGGCUCUAGAUAUUUAUAGGACGCUUGAAAAUAUCCCUGACUGGAUUAAGAGGAAGUUCCCGAAUCAAAGGUUCAGCACUUUGGAUGGGUUGUCAUUGGCUUGGCAGAGGGACGGGUGGGGUCGCCCGAAUCCCUUACCGGUUGGGAUUCUUUGUUGCGGUGAGGUUGUUGACCCCGAUGAACCGAUUCCAGAAUAUGCCCCAGAUACGAUCGAACCAUUCCCUUUAUAUGGACCGGGUCCGUCAGAUACUCGGAGGGACUACCAGUGGCUUAUGAGCAGUGGCCCUGGCCUAUGGGGCAUCGGUGACAACUCCUACUACUACUACAAACGUGAUAUCCCGUCGGGCGGUGCCCAUGGUGCUGAUUCCAUAGAGGGUCGUCAAGAAGGGAGGGAGGAUAUAACGGAGUCGAUCAAGGUUUGA